UGGGGGUAAUUGGUUCAUGAAAUUCCUGAAUCUGGAAGCAAUUCUAGUAAAUGGCCUUUCAGAAUUGUCCUUGACUGCCAGCUCUUUCUGUUAUCAAGAAUAGAAGCCUCACCUGCACUGGGCAAAAUGCCAGUAGAGGGUGAGGCUGGAGAUCUGGGCAGUACCCACUGGGAUUUCUCCAUAAAACACUCAGAGCCUCACUUCUCAUCAGCAUCUUUGUGGAGGAAACAUACAGUCUCCAUCUGGUUGGCAACGCUGAGCUCCAGGCCCAGUGUGGAGGGAAGAGGGAUGCUGUCUAUUGCAGUGACCCAGCUUGGUUUUCUGCUGCUCCUUAUGGCAGCCAUCGGAGGGUGCAGUGCAGCUCUGGCCAGUGCUUAUCUUGAGGAAGGGACCUAUUUUUUAUCUCCAUCUCUGCCCCGAACCUGCAGUGAAGCCAAGCAGAGGUGCCAUAAUGCCCGUGAUGGCCUGUAUUUCCUUCGCACCAAGAAUGGAGCUGUCUAUCAGACCUUCUGUGACAUGACCACUGCGGGUGGCGGAUGGACCCUGGUGGCCAGUGUGCAUGAGAACAACAUGUAUGGGAAGUGCACAGUGGGUGACCGCUGGUCCAGUCAGCAGGGCAAUAGUGUCAACUAUCCUGAGGGUGAUGGCAACUGGGCCAACUACAACACCUUUGGGACUGCAGAGGGGGCCACAAAUGAUGACUAUAAGAAUCCAGGCUACUAUGACAUCCAGGCCCUGGACCUGGGUAUCUGGCAUGUGCCCAACAAUAGCCCUAUGGAGACCUGGAGGAAUAAUUCCCUGCUGCGGUACCGCACGGCAGUUGGCUUCUUCCAGAACCUGCAGUUACACAAUCUGUUUGGCCUCUACCAGAAAUACCCAGUGAAAUAUGGAGCAGGAAAUUGCAGGACUGACAAUGGGCCUGAGAUACCUGUAGUGUACGAUUUUGGUGAUGCCAAGAAGACAGCAUCUUAUUAUUCCCCCUACGGUCGCAAUGAGUUCACUGCAGGAUAUGUCCAGUUCAGAGUAUUCAAUAAUGAGAAAGCAGCGAAUGCCUUGUGUGCUGGAAUGAAGGUCACUGGGUGUAACACUGAAUUUCAUUGCAUUGGUGGAGGAGGCUACUUCCCAGAGGGCAAUCCCGUGCAAUGUGGAGACUUCUCUGGCUUUAACUGGAAUGGAUAUGGAACUCAUACUGGAUGGAGCAGUAGCCGGGAGAUAACUGAGGCAGCUGUGCUUUUGUUCUAUCGCUGACACCAUCUUCCUAUGGGAUCUGGCAUUCAUCUUCCAUCUACCAGGACCCAGUGAUGGAGACUAACUUACAUAGUGUCUAGAAUGCCAGUGGCUGAGCAAAGUGAAAUAAAUCAUUUUUCUUGAAGUCUUAGUGUUUCUGAAUAUUUUUCAUGCAGGGUGGAGAACUGUAAGAAUUUUCAAAAGAAUGCAUAUUGUGGAGUGAUUUUGUGUCAGCUAUAUCUUUAGUGUUUGUAGUCUUAGAAUUUGUCAGUUCUACAAAGGACGAUGUCAUCCCCCAGGACUCUCUCAGGUAGACCCUUUAAAUAGUGAGAGAAAUAAAGGGCAAGGAGGAAGCAUUUUAUCUGACCCCUUCCUAAUUCUUAUGGACUGAACAAAGAAAAUCUGAAUAUUUUAAAGAAGAUAAUAUUAGUGUACCACAGAAUAAAGGGAUUACC